CCUAAAACUAUGUGGAAAUGGAGCAGUGUUGAUGAUUCAGUCCCUAAAUCUGGAGUUCAUGGCACUUCUCAAGCAACAACCAUGUCAGCAGCUGAUUUAACUGAACAGCUGUCCCAGACUGAACAACUGGUAAUACAACUCAAAGAACUUGUCAAGGAAAAGGAGAAUGAGUUACAUAAUAAGGAGCAACAGUUAAAGGAGGAAAAAGAAGCUUCUGAAGCUAGGAUUUCCAAAUUAAAGCUGCAAAACAAAGCCAAAGUAACAUCUUUAACUUCACAAUUAGAUGAACUUAAAAAGCAGUUGUCCGGUGCUGGAAAAAAAGAAGGAAAACCUGAGCAAAAGAAAAGCUCAAGAGAUGGUGAUCAGGAUAAUGCUGCUGCAAGUCGUGGAAAAAUAUUGGUACUUAAAAAGAAAAUUGAGGAACUAGAGACACAGAAUGUCCAAAGAAAUGAAGAGCUUCAGCGAAAGGUUGCUGAAUUGGAUGCUGCACAUCAGCGGGGGGCUGAAAUGGAUGCCAUGCUUGCUGAGAAGCAAAAAAAGCUGGAUGAAAAAGAAGCCUAUAUAAUUGAUUUACAAUUAGCCUGUGGAUCAACAAACGAUGCCAAAGAAGUGCUGGUACAUAAUUGUGAAUUAAAGAAUCAGCUUUCCACAAAGGAGGCUUCAUUACAGAGUAUGCAAAUCCUAGUUCAGAACCUAACGAAGAAAGUUGGAGACAGUGAAGAAAGAUGUAGCCUCCUUGAGGAACAAAUUGAAAACCAUAAAAGCCUUCAGAGUAAAGAGAGAGAGCAUUUCCAGGAAAGAGAAGCCAUGUAUACACAAAAUAUUCGUAUGUUUCAGAAUAUUAUACAGGAAAAGGAAAAAGAGCUGAUGGGACUGGUGCAGAAACAUGAGCAAGAACUGUUUAAGAUGGCUGCCAAAUCUGAUGCUAGUGCUGAUCUAGAACAGUUAUUGAAAGCUUUGAAACAGAAGCUACAUGAAAAGGAGGAAGUCAUGCUAGGAAGGACACAAGUUAUAGUUAUGUUGCAACAAGAACUGGAUGCUAAAGACCAGCAGCUCAAAGAAAUUAAUGAACACCUAAACCGUCUUCAGUCAGAGAAAGAUAACCUCCAGUCCAAAUUGAAUGCUGAAAAGCAUGUCAUGCGAGCUCAGCUGAGAGAUAUGAUGAAGAAACAUGAGAAUGAAAUGAAAGAAGUUAGGGAGAGUCGCAAUGCUGAGAUCCAAGAGCUCCAAGAAAAACAUGAAACUGAACUGCAGGAAAAAGACCAAAUCCUGUUUCAACUUCAGAAACAAUUGGAUAAAUUAAGUUCCAGUGGACAGAAUAAUUUGGAGCAAGCUGUUGAUAUCGAUGCUGUAAUGAAACUAAAGCUGGAACAGCUUGAAGCUCAAGCAAAACUGAAAACAGAAGAGGCCAGCAAAUCUGAAGCAAGGUUCCUUAAGAUGAAAGCUUGGUCCAAAUCCAGAAUCAGACAGCUUGAAGAUGAGCUUAAAAAUGUUACAUCAGUGAAUAAUAACGUAACUGCGUUACAUGACCGGAUUUCAGAAUUAGAACAGGAAAAGGAAGAUCUACAGUCAACACUGCAGACAUUUACUGAACUUAAAACUCAAAAUGAAGAAUUGCUGGCUAAGCUAGAAGUUUAUGAGGAGCAGCAGCGAAAAUUGCAAGCAGAUCUUGAACAAGUUACGAAGAGGGCAGCUUCACAGCCUAGUGAAUCGGGCAGUGUGGAUGAACUACAGAGUCGGCUUUUGGAAUGGCAAGAAAUUGUAACUGAAUCUGAGGACAUACACAAUCAAAUUAGAGAGGAAAAAUCUGCAAUGGCUCUAAGAAUGGCACAAAUUGAAGAAGAAAGAGAAGAACUGAUUGAGGAUGACUGGUUCUUUCCUGGCUGCUCUGAUCCAGCCAUAGUCUCAGGGCAGCAGGAGCUGGAGGAGGAACUGGCUACAGGUCAAGGGAUUGGCAGAAUACAGCCGGAGAGAAGAAAGAUUUCCCAGUCCAGCAGGAAACUCCAGGAAGAUUAUGGCUUCGAUGGAAAGCAGGGCUUCGAAGAGCUGAAUGUAACUUUGGAUAGCACUGAUUCAACUGAAGGAGAGAACAUGGGAGGUUGGUGGCCAGAGUACACUUCUCCUAGCACAGGUUUACGGACCGUAGUGGAAGAGUUAGAAUUGGAAAGAAAUCAGUUGCAAGAACAAAUUCUCUUUUUGGAGGAACGCUGUCGGGACUUGGAAGAUCGACUGCAGCUCCAAGGCAGAAUGGAAGCUCUACAGGUGGCAUUUGGUGUAGAGGAAGAAGGGCAGCUAUUGAGGGCUGUACAGAAUGAGAAUGAUCGUUUGCAGUCCCAGCUUAUGCAGCUGCGUAACCAACAUGCACGUGAUGCAGAGAAACAUCAAGCUCUUGUUUCCAGUUUGAAUGAACAACUUAAAGGACUGAAUGAAAGAAAUGGUUUGCUUGAAACUUGGCUUGGGGAAAAGGAUCAAAAGAUUUCAAGUACAACAGAAAAGCUAGAACAGAUAGAAUAUAUGAGAAGCUCACUUCAAGAGAGAGACCUUCUAAAUAAAGAACUGGGUGAAAAGCUUUUGCAGACUGAACAGAAGCUGGAUGAUGCCUUGAAGAAGUGCAGUGCUUAUGGCCUGGAAUGUACAGAACAAAAAGCCACAAUCAGUGAUCUAACAGAAAAAGUGGCUGUCUUUAAAGAAAAGAUUAUGAAGCAGGAUUCUGCAGUAGAACUAAUGCGACUAGACCUUGAACAGACAAAUGAAGAACUUGACAGAUUAAACACAACUCACUUAGAAGAGAGAUCUCAACUUAUUCAGGACCUCCAGAGACGGGAAAGAGAAAUUGACAACCUCAAAGAAGUUCUAGCUGAAAAAGACAAAGAAAUUUCUGCUCUUUCUUCCAGUAUGACUGAGUAUUCUGAACAGAUUAACGUUCUGAAAUGUCAGAUCAAGUGCAAAGAGGAUGAAAUAAGAGAUAUGGAAGAAGCUCUGUCCAGGGCUGAAAGAGAAGCACAGUUGCUGAAAGAUGUACAAACUGCUGAUGUGAAGGAUGCAAGCACAAAGAUUUCAGGACUUUCUGAUCAGCUAAGUACAAUGGAAUCAGAGUUGGCAAAUGUGAAAGUUGAAAAUGAAGCCAAAACCAAAGAAAAUGAAGAAUUGGUUAGGCAAAUCAAAGAGUCCAGCAAAACAAUAAAAGAACUUAAUUUGGAAAUCAAGGCCCAUGAUAUUACUUAUACCAACAAGCUCACGGAGUGCGAGUCACAAAUUAAUUUGCUUAAAGAACAAAUAAGUAAAUUAACCGAGAAGUUACAUGAAACAGAGAGAAAAUAUAAGGAGGAAAUGGAGCAUCUCAAAUCCCAGCUUGAUGAACAUAUCUCUGCUAAGGAAAAAUUGAAUACCUUGCUUAAAGAGAGAGAGAGCAAAGAACAAAGUUUUGAGAAUGAACUGAAAUCAGUGAAAGAUUUGUACAAUCAACUAACUUUAGAAAAGGCUAAAAAAGAUGAAGAGUUAUCUAACUUAUCCAGGCAGCUUGCUGAACAUACCGAGCAUCUAGAAAUUGCCAAAAAGUCUUUACAGGAAAAAAAAGAGAUAAUAAUUUCAUUAAAGGAUAAGCUUAAAACUGUAGAGCAGCAGAGUGAGAAGGAAAAAUUCAAGUUAGUUGAGGAGCUGGGUAAUAAGGAAGAGAAGUUAACAGAAGUUAAUAGUAAGCUGCAUGAGAAAUGUGAAAUAAUUAGUAGGAUGGAAACAGAAAGACAAACUAGCAUUCUGACUAACAGCCAGUUGCAGACAGCUCUUGAGCAAAAGGAAAAAGAUUUUGUGGGUCAGCUUAAAGCUAUUGAAGAUCUCAGCAGUGAGGUGCAUAUCAUGGAGAGGGAGAAGCAGCAGUUAAUCAGUGAGAAUGAGAGUUUAUCUAAAUUACUGGAUGUGAAAGAAUGCGAACUGUUGAAGCGUGCUCAGUCUAUGGCUGAAAUGGAGAGUAAGAUGUCUGCCACUGCCACUGAGCACCAAAAAAUACUUUCAGAAAUAGAUCAUGAUAAAGAGACACUAAGAAACAAGGUUGAAGAACUUUCAAGCCUUGUGAAACAAAAAGAAAAUUCAGUCACAGACCAGUUACUGGAGAAACAAAAGGAGUGUGAUGUGUUAGCUGAUCAGCUUUCUAAAAGCAGAGAGCUGAUGGAGCUGUUACGUAAAGAAAUGCAGUCUUUUAGCAUUCAGCUGCAAGAUGCUAGAAACAGAGUGCUGGAAAAAGAAGGACUGCUGAGCCAGAAAGAGUCAGAGAAUAAUGCAAUGGCUCAACAGCUUAGUCAGGAGGAAGAAAAAGUAUCAUCACUACAGAAAAAGGUUCAGAACAUAGAAAUGGAGCUUGGGGUAAAAAGCAAAUCUCUAGAUGAAAAAAACAGGGAUAAUGAUACUUUACUUAAACAAUUAAAAGAAAAACAACUUGGUAUGGUAGAAUUAGAGAGAGAGGUAGAAAGACUUCGAGGUGAAGGCACCCAGUUGUAUCAUCAGCUUGAAGAAAAAGACUUUGUUGUGUUAUCUCAAAGACUAGAGCUUGAGGAAAUUCAGAGGCAGCUUGCCAAGAAAAUGGAAGAGUGUACAGCAUUAAGUGAUCAGAUAGUGCUAUUAGUCAAAGAAGUAGAUGUUUUGAAGUGUGAAAAGGACAAUGCUUUGGCUAUUUGCAGUGCAAAAUCAAGUGAGUGUGAUGUUUUCCAGCAUCAGUUAACACAACAUCAAAGUGAAAUUGUGUCUACAAAACAUGAAGCUCACAUGUUGAAAUUAGAAAAUGAAAAGCUGAAAGUGGAUAUUGAAACAAUAAAUGCUACAUUGGUGAAAAAGUGUGAGGGUGUAGUUCCCCUGAAUGCACAGUUGUCUCAGCAUAGUCACAGUGCUUUAGCUUUUACAGACCAAAUUGAUACCUUAAUCAGUGAAAUAAAAACUUUAAAAGACAAUUUUCAUGCUAACGAGACCCUCCUUUCCCAAAAGGAAUCUAUGAUUCAGCAAAUGAAAGAAAAUAAAGAUGUACGCAAAAAGAAGCAUUUGCAAAUGGUUUCAGAUUUGCAAAGCCAAGUACAGACUUUAGAUUGUGAGGUUGAUACACUUAGGCAAGAAGUGCAAGAAAAAGAAAAUGAAUUGAAAAAGCAAACCCAAGAGCUAAAAUUGCUUAAAAAUAAAUGUGAGGAAUCUGAUUUGCUUAGAGUUCAACUGUCUGAGAAUAUGGAAAUAAUUUCUGACCUUCAGAGUCAGAUUGAAAAUAUGACCAAAAAGUCUGAAGAGUUAAGUAAGUCAAUUACAAAGAAAGAUAACAUUUUAAAAGAAAAGGAGAAGGAAUGUGUUAAUUUGCAAGCCUGUAUUUCUGAGUCUUCCUCUGUGCAGCAGAAACAUGUACAGUCAUUGAUCACAGAAGCAGAACAGUUAAGAGCAGUCGUUUUUGAGAAGGAAUCGGUGGUGAAUGAUAGUUUAUUGCUUAAUAAUAAAUUGAAGGUUGAACUUCAAGACAAAGAAACUGAAUGUGAGAUGUCGAGGAAGCAAGUUAGAGUAUUGGAAGAAUCAAAUUUGAAUCUAAAAAAAGAACUAAGUGAUCAGACACAUGUCAUAAACAAUAUUAAACAGGCCCUAUCAGAAAAAGAAGUUUCUCUUUUGGAUAAUGCCUGUCUUGUGGAAAAAUUAAGAGAAGAACUAAAAGCAAAUGAAGAAAGAUUACAGCUAAUUUCUCAGCUUUAUGGUCAAAUAAAUGAAAUGACCCAAGAAAUCCAAAAGUCAAAAGAACUAGUACAGGAAAAAGAGAGUGCUUUCUUGUCACUCCAGGAUAAAUUUGCUGCUCAGUAUGAACAAAGAAAUGAACUCAGUGCUACUUUGAGUAAAAAGGAGGAAUUAAUUUCUGAAUUGCUUCAUUCGUUAGAUCAGAAAGAUUUGAGUGUGCAACAAGCAGAAAGCAAUGUUCAGAGUCUUACUAACGAGAUCGAGAAACUUAGAGAAGAGCUAGGAAAGAACUCUGUUACACUUAAAAAACGUUUGCAAGAAAAGGAUGAAAAUAUUGCCAUUAGUCAAAAGAAACUUGACUCUUUGUCAGCUGAACUGGAAUCUGUCAAAUCAGAGUACCAGAAAACAUUGGAACAAGUUGAACUGUGGCAGCAGAAUGUUCAACUCAGAGAGAGGGAGCUACAGGUUUUGCAGGAAAAAUGCACCCAGCAGGCUACGCAUAUUGAAUACUUAAAUUCUGAGCUCAGUGUGGUAAAUUCUAAAUCUCAAGAAUGCCAUGACUAUAUACUUUUAACAGAUAAGCUUGAAAAACAGGUAGAGUCUUUAAGGAAGGAGAAAACUAUUUUACAGAAGAACUUUGAUAAGUUAAGCGUGGAAAACAAACAAUUGGUAAACAUCCAGAACCAAUUACAGCAGAAAGCAAAAGAACUAGAAGAACUUUGUGAAAAAUUCAAAAGCAGUGAGAAUGAAUCACGAAUGCAUCUACAUGCCAUCACUUUGCAGUUGGAGAAUGAGCGAGAGCAGUUGCAAAUGAAGGUUAGUGUAAAGGGUGAAGAAGUUGAUGAAUUAAAGCUUAAGGUUCAAAAGCUAGAACAAAAUCUCCUUGAGUCAGAAAACAAAUGGGUUACAGAACUUGGUAGGGCAACACAACAAGAUGAAAUUAAUCUUAUGCAACUGAGCAAUUCAGAAAGGGAACUGAAAUCCAAAGAUGCUCAGAUCCAGUCUUUGCAACAAGAACAGGACAUGGUUAAAAAAGAACUUACCAGGUACUUGUGUGCAUUAUCACAUAGUAGGUAUUUCAUCAAAGAAAGUGAUAGUGAAGCUGGUCAGCAAGUAACUGAAAGUAAGACUAUAUUGGAAAAAUUAUCUACCCUGAUAGAUGAUAUUCUUAACAAAGAAGCUGAAACAAUGGCACUACAGCAAGCCCUUCUAGACAGAGAGAGAGAGAUACAGCACUUGCAUAAUCAGCUAGAAAGUAUGCAGUCCCUGAGGGAGGAGAACAAGCAGAUACAGAAUCACUUGGAGAUGGUUAGAGAUACUGACCAAUCAAAGCUGGAAUGUUUAUCAAAUGAACUGAGUAAUGCUAAGGAGGCAUUAUAUAAGCAACAGUCUCUUUGUGAAGAAAGGAACAUUGCAUUAACAGAGAUGAAGAAAAGGGUUAGUGUUCUCCAAGAAAAGUGUGAUAAAUUAGAAAAAGAAUGUGAAAACAAUCGCACAAUAUCAAAUGCACAAUGUCAAAAAGAAGAAAAACUUUCAGAAGAACUACAGUACAAAAGCCAGAUGGUAGAAAAUUUAAUUUCUCAAACUAACCAACAGAAGGAUUUAAUUUCUACUCUAAGCCAGCAACUGAAAGAAAAGGAUUGUGCAGUUACUCAAGUCAUGGAAUCUUUAUCUAAUGAGAUGGUAAAAUUUUCUGAAGAAAAAAAUGUGCUUACUGUCAAACUACAGCAACUAGAAGCUAUUCAAACCAGCAUGACAGAAGAGGCAAACUUAUUAUCACAACAAGUAGAACAAUAUGAAAAAGAACGUGAUCUUGGUCAAAUUAUAUUAACUGACAAGGAAGGUACAAUUAAAGACUUACUGGAUGAGAAGGCACAAAUAAAUGUUACUUUGGAAAAAUUAAGUCAGGAAAAAGAUAAUCUGAAAAAGAAGCUUCAGGCAGCUUUGAUAAUAAGAAAGGAUUUAAUGCAGAAAAUAGAGAUUCUUGAAAAAACUAAUCAGGAAUCUACAGAAAGAGAGUGUAAGAAAACACAAGACUUAUUGGAGCAGAUUCAUGAAUUAACAAAGCAGGUUAAAAGUGCUGAAGCUCUCAACAGAAAUAUUGAAUCCCAGCUUGUAGAGCUGAAGGAGCAAUUGUUAGAAAAAGAUGCCAAAAUAUGUGACAUAAGUGAAAUGUUAUCCACAAAGACAGUAUACAUGGAGGAAUUACAGAAGAAUGUUACAGAAUUAAAAGUUGCCCUUGCUGAGCAAAAUAUCAUGUUUGAUAAGAAUUUAAUAUGUCUGCAGGAGAAAGAUUGUCUUCUUCAGCAAAAACAGUCUGAGCUCACUGAAAGAGAAAGAGGUUAUAGAGAGGAAUGUUCUCAGCUUUUCUUAACCAUAGAAAAUCUCAAAGCUGAUAUAGCAAAGAAGGAAGAAGCAUUUAAGCAAAUGAAUGGGUCAGAAGAUACAUUAAAUGCUGGAGGCUCUUGCAAUAACAGUACACAUCUCCUUAGUGAAAUAAAUCACUUGCAGAAAGAAAAGGAAACCUUGCAAAAGAAAGUUCAGGCACUGCUUGUGGCCCGUAAAGAAAGUACUAAAAAUAUUCAAAAACUAAAGGAGGAACGUGAUGCACUAUUAGCAAAUGUUGAUGAAAUAACAAAAGACUUUGAAAUCAUACAAACAGAAUAUAAAGCACUCCAGGUAGUUUAUCAGAAAAAGUGUGAGGAAUUUGAUUCAAAUCUGUUGCUUUUAUGCUCUCUUCAGAAAACAUUGGAGUCUUCUGAAGCUCUGCAUCACAGUGAAAAUAUUCCAAAGAAUGCCAUGGAGCCAGAGAAGCUAAAUGAAAAGGGUCAUGCUAUGAAAGAAGAAUCAGAGAAUAUGAUAAGUAAAAUGGUGGUCAGAGAGGAGGAUGAGAUGGUGAAAUGUCAUAAUAACUGCAUGAAACUAAUGAAGGAAAAAGAAAAGUUUCAAGAAGAAUUAAAAGAGAAGUCAUUUGAACUUAAUAGAAAGGAACAAGAGGCAGCAAAACUGAAAAUCUCUGUUGAACAACUGGAACAGCAAUAUAAGAAAGACAAAGACAAUAUGCUGCUUGAGAGAAGUCAGCUUCAGCAACAAUUGGAAAUAUAUAAAAAUGAACUGAUAGAUGUUAAGGCUAUGAUUAACAGUGUAAAUAAUGAAAAAAAUAUUCUUCUUAAGAAAACAGAAGAAGAUCAUCUGUUCACUCUGGAAGAAAUUGAAAACAUGAAGCAUGAUAUUCAACAAGCCAACGCACAGAUGUUAGAAAAAGAUGACGAGAUUAGGAAUUUAAAUAAUUCCCUUAAGGAUCUCAAAGGCAAGCUUGAUCAUGGAAAGGAAAUAAUGAAAGAAGUUUCACAGUUGCAACAAAGUUUAGAUGAUAGUCGAGAAGAAGCAGCACAUUUCAAAAUAGCCUUUGGAAAAAUGAGGCAAGAGAAAGACGAGUUCAUAAACAGUCUUCAAAUGUCAAAUGCAGAUUUACUCAAUAUAAAAGAGGAGCUAAGACACGCCAGUGAGGAAAACAAGGAACUACUGAAAGAGCUAAACAUGCUACGUGAGAAGGUUUUACCAGUAUCUAAUUCGGGCAAAAAGUUGGCAGUAUAUGUAAAAGACAGUGAAGAGAAUUCUGGUUUGUGGCUGUGUUCAGAUAAUGUAUUACAGAGCAGUGUUCGAGACACAGAGGGUGUCACUCCAUUGUUAGAUGUCUCUCCUAUAGAAAAAGAAUCACUAGAUGCCACUUGUACUGGAAGAAUGACUUUAAGAGAAAGGACAGAUCAAGCACCAGCAACAAUGACUCUUGCACAGGUGGGGAAGAAAGAAGACAGAGGACAGAAAGAUGAUGCGGAAGAAAAGAGUAAGGAACGACUUCAAAGGAAGCUCCAAGCGGCUUUAAUAUCACGUAAAGAAGCUCUGAAAGAAAACAAAAUUCUAAAAGAGAAAAUGGAAUCACUAAUACAGGAAAACAAAGAACUGGUUGGAAAGGCCCAAGACCUUGGACUUCUGGUAUCUCAGCUAAACAGAGAACAACAACAACAGACUCCUACAUUGUAUAAAGAGGAGACACUCAUGACCGAAAAUGCUAGGUUGUUAAUUGAAAAUGAAAACUUAACUGCUGCAUGUGAAAGUCUAAAAUCUACUAUGGAAACAAUAGUUCAAGAGAAGGAAGCAUUUUCUUUUCAGCUGAAUUCCUUAAAAGAUUCUCAGACAGUUGAAUUAACAAGUUGGAAAGCUAAACACAGUGAAUUAAAGCAGGAGUAUGAGUCACUGCUUCAGGCCUAUGAAAAUAUUAGUAGUAAAAUAGCAGAAAUGAGGCACAUUAUUGAUGUCACUAGAAAAGAAAAGCAGGAUGUGCUCCACAGGGUGAAAGAGAGAGAAGUCGAGAAAGAGGAAGUUGAGAAGCUGCUUCAAAAAGCAACUGAUGAAAACAUACAUGUGAAAGAACAGCUAAAGCAGUUAGCAGAAUCUAAACAGAAGGAAAUCAAGGAGUUGCAGAUUGAAGCAGAAAAGCAGGCUUCUGAGCACAAUUUGUGCUUGGAGGAAUAUCAGAAAAAUAUUGACCAAUCUGUGCUUCAGAUCAAACAACUAACAGAGGAAAAUAAGCAAUUAAGAGACCUUUCUGAGACCUUAACACAGAGCCUAGAGAAAAAUCAAAAGGAAAGUGAGGUCCUUUCUAAAGAUUUCACUGUAACAAAAUCUGCUUUGAGGGACCUCCAAGCACAGUUGGAAUUGGCCAAGCUUGAUGCAGAGUCUAAGAUCAAUGAUUAUCUUAAUGAGAGGGAGUCAUUAUUAAAUCACAUUAAUUUGUUAAAUGAAGGGAUCUCAGAAAAGGAGAAAGCUGUACUGACCUUAAAGCAAGAGAAUAAAAAUAUGUCAGAAAAGUUAAGAGAUGCUGAAGAAUCUCUGUGUCAGAAAGAGAAGUCAUUAUCAAAGUUAGAAAAUGAUUGUAAAAGUUUUAAUGAGGAAAUAAUAAGCUUGGGUGAAAGAAUUAAGAUAUUAGAAGAUGACAAAUGUCUUUUACAGGAAGAAUUAGAAAAUGUUCAAGAAACGUCUUAUAAAGUGAAAAAUGAGAGAGAAUUUUUGGAGACAGAAUUGCUUAAUCAUAUUAAAAAAUUGGAUCAAACAACAGACAAAUUGAAAGCCAAGCAAAUUCAAAUCGGCUUGCUCACACAGCAGUUGGAUGAUUUAAAAAAUGAGAAAUGCAGUACAAUUAGAGAGAAAGAAGAACAACAACUACAUCUUGUCAGAGUAUUUGAAGAAAAAGUGAAAUCUGCUCAAAGGGACAAUAAUGGAACAAAAAACAAAACAAAAGAAUUGCAAGAACUUCUAAAGGAAAAACAACAAGAGAUCAACCAAUUGCAAAAGGAUUCUAUUAAAUACCAGGAGAUGAUUUUGGAUUUAGAAAAAUCUGUGAAAUUGUCACAAUCAAAGAGUGAAAAAUUUGAGAAAAGUUUAAACAAUGCAGAAGAAAAACUUACUAAAUCAAAUGAAGAAAUACAGAAACUAACUGAAAAGCUGUCUUUGCAAAAAGGUUUGUUGGAUCAGUCUAAAGCUGAAAUAGAGGAAUUAACAAGUGAGAACCUAAAUAGUAAGAUAGAACUUAAAGAGAAAGAAAACCAAGUAUUAAAUCAGAAAAAAGAAUAUGAAAUCCAACUGGAAUCUGACCUUCAGCUCCUUAAAGUAACUUGGCAAAAAGAAUGGCUCAGCUCAGAAGAAAAAUACAAUGCCCUACAAAGAGAGAAAGAAAGAAUCCUUGGUGAACACCGUCAGUUGCAAGAAGAAAUUGGAAUAAGGGAUACUCAGAAUAAGAGCCUUCAAAGUGAACUGAAUGAUGCCUUAGCCAGAUUGGGUGCUUUUGCCAAGUGUAUGUCAUCCCUUCAAAAUGACAGAGACAGAGUCAUUGGUGAAAUGAAAAUCUGGGAAAAGCAGUUCAAAGAGGUGAUUGAAAAUAAGCAGCAACAGAUUGAAGCCCGUAAUCUAACAAUAGCAUCUUUACAAGAAGAAAUAAAGGUGCACAUGUCUCGAAUUCAAGAACUAGAACUCAAAAGUUCUGUCCUAGAAGAACCUAAGAACCCAAAGCAAACAUCUGUUGACUCAGACCGUUUCAAUGAGCUUUCCAGAAUAAAGGCAGAAAAUGUCAUUCUGCAGAACAGGCAGCAUGAACUGGCUACUGCUCUGAAGUUAAAAGAAGAUUUUGUGCAGACACUGAUCAAUGAGAAAAAGUCUCUUGACCUUCUGAUAAAAAAUAAACCUACAGAAAAUGAGAUGGAAGCACUGACAAAUAAUUUGACAAGAAAAGAUCAGGAAGUGCAGCAGCUUCUUUUGGAAAAAAGUGAGAUACAAGCUGAAUUGGAAAAACAAGUUGCCAUUUCUGAUCAUGUGAAAGCCAUGCUGAAUAAGAAAGAUACAGAGAUUUCACUUCUGAUUUCCUCAAAAGAUACAGAAAUUUCAGGCUAUCUUGCUCAGAUACAAGCUCAGCAUAGACAGCAGGUUUCAGAUUAUGAGCAGCAGAUAAAGUCUUUGCAGGUGGCUAAAGGGCAAUCUGAUGAAACUUGCCAAAAGAUUAAAAAUGAGUUGAAAAAUCUUCAAAGAAAAGCUGAAAAAGCAGUUCAAGAUAAGGCUGAGACUGCCAGUGCAAUGGAGGCCUUUAAAAAGGCAAUGUCCUCUCUUCAGAAUGACAGGGAUUCCCUGAUUUUGAAACAUAAAAAUCUAGAAUGUGAGCACAGACUUGCUUUAUAUGAGAAAGAGAGACUUGUAGCAGACAGUAAUAAUGAAAGCAGAAUAUUAAAGCAAGAACUAAGGAAGCUACGGAAUGAAAUAGAUGAUCUUCAUUCUGAAAAUGCAAUGCUCACUGCACAGCUUAUAAAGUACAGGGAAGAUCUGAAUCAAGUUCUGUCACUAAAAGACAAUCAGUUGAAAGAAUUACUUACACAGAAAUUGGAAAGCAUUAAGAUCCUUGAACAGGAAAAACUAGAACUUCAGAAAAAACUGAAAGAGAUGCAGCUGACUGUGAAAUUACAGGAUGAGAACAUAGAAUCUUUGAAACUGGAAAAUAUAAAAUUAGCAUCCAAAGCUCACGACUUGGAGAUUGUGAUUGCUUCCAUAAACAAAGAGAGGUUAGCUUCUGAAUCCAGACAGAAGUACCCACACCAGGAGGGAGAAAGAUUUGAUCAGAAUAAAGGAUUUUUGGUCAACCACCAGCUUGAAGAAAAGCUGGAAAGAAGGUUACAAGAGCUCCAGAAAAUGGCUGGCAAAAGUACAACAGGUACAGAGCUGGAUCCUAAGUUACCGGAGAACGACACUGUUGAAUCACCACAAAAGAGACUGUUGGAAAUUCAGUUUCAGAAUAAAGAACUACGGUCCCAAAUUGAGUCUUUUGGAAAAGCUAUGACGGCUCUCCAGGAUGAUAGGGAGAGGUUAAUAGAGGACUUCAAGGUACUUCAGAGCAAAUAUGUUUCUGAGCUUGGAUUGGAAAAAAGAAGAGCCAACAAACUUGAAACUGAGCUCAGUGAUGUCAAAUCAAAUUUAUUCAGUGUACUCAAAGAAAAUGCUCUUUGGAACCAGGCGUCACCGGAAGCUAAAAGCAAAAUCACUCUUGACCAGCUUACUGAUGAACUUGAAAACCUGUGUAAGCUAUUAAACACUCGAGAUCUUGAAAUUAGCAGACUCUCCUCUGAAUGUGAGAAUUAUGCUCAGCAGAUGGAUGCCUUUUCUAAGGCUAUGGCCAGUCUUCAAGACGACAGAGAAAGACUUCUGCAGGAACUCCGCAAGCUGAGAUUAGCUCAUGAAUUUAAACAGGGCACAAGUUCAGCUUCUGACAACACAAGUGAGAUUAGUUCUCUUAAGCAUAAUUUGGAGACUCUUCAGGUGGAUAGGGACAGACUGGUAAAAGAAGGAGCUAAUGUUGCAGCAGCUGAAAUAGCAAAACUAAAAGCCAAAGUGGAUGACCUUGAGAGAAACUUGAACCAGAAAAAAACUUUCCAAGAAGAAUCUGAGAAAGAAAGAACCUCAUACCAAAAUGAACUAGCUGGCUUGCGAAUGGAAAAAAACAAUCUUCUGGCAGAAUCUCAGGCACUCCAGAAUCAAUUCCAGUCAACUCUUGUAGAAAAGGAGCGUCAGAUUGCAGAACUACAAAAGGUGCAUCGUGAAGUAGUAUCUCAGAGAUCUAUAGCUGCUAGUAGCAACUACCCAUCCAAGGGCUUAGAGACUGUUACUCUUGUUGGGAGCACAGACAUCCCUGAUCAGGUAAAUCAACUGCUGGCUGAGAAAAACCAACUUCAGAAUGAACUCCAACGCUGCCUUCAGGAGAUGCACCAGAGAGAGCUGCGAUUUCAGCAGAUAAAUUCAAAGGUAAUGCAGUCAGUGGAAGAAAAUGCUAUUUUGUCAGCCCAACUAAAAGCUGUAUCGCAGACUUUGCGGGAUAAUCAACUCCGUUACACUGACCUGCAGAAUCGCUACUUGCGGCUUGAAAGGGAAUAUCAAGUGCAAGUUGCUUCUGUGCAAGGUACUGCUCAGGGUGAACCUCAAACAGAAGUUCCUCCAGGAGCUCCCCAGGAAAGAGCUGCAGUUGUUGUUGAAAUAGACAAUAUGGAACUCAACGAACUCAGGAAAAGGCUUGCAGAGAUGGAAAUGCAGCAUGAUUCGGCACAACAGACUGUAUCUCAGCUAACAGAAACACUAUCGGAAGAGAGGAACAGGCGAUUGGCUGCAGAAGAGGCCUUGGGACUAUCUGAGGAACAAAUCAAAAGGCUUGAAAUGAGUACUUACAGGUCAGCACCUAGAGAAUAUACUGUUCAGAUGGAUUCUGAUGAGGAAAGGGAGGCUCUAAUCAUCAAUACGAAUGAACAUAUUAUAGUAAGGAAGGUAAAAGGAGGUGCUCUUUCUCUCAAGAGAUGGAUUAGGGGGCGAAGCCUUUACUGCUCCAAGUUGCUGACCUCGAGGGCAAAAUCCCGAUAUCUCUUUCUGACUUAUUUGGUGAUUCUACAUCUUCUUGUUUUCUUGUGCCUCACUGGCAUCCUAUAAAUGCACUGAACUUGCUGUGUGAAUUAUUUUCCUUCAAAAUAAUGGUGUGCCAAUUUGGGAUAGUGAACUUCUCACAAGCUGCUGUUAAUGCUAUGCACUGGACACAGUUGUAUAUAUUUUCAGUAUGAUGUGUGUGUUUUUUCAAUUUCUUCCUUAUGAAAAGUUUUAAAUGUACAUCACACUUGCUCCAAAGUUGACCUGAGUUGCUCUUUAACAAUGACAAUAACAACAAAUAUUAUAUUUGCUAAAAAAAAAAAAGGUGGUCUUAUCAAUAAGAAGCUGCUGAAUUUUGGAUGUGUAAUAUUCUUUGGGAAUAUAUAAUGACUGAAUACUGUUGAAUGGGUUGUAAAUUAUAUCUUUUCUAUAUAUAAAUUUAUUUUAAGAGAGUUAAACUAUAAAUUUGGGGAGAAACUUCUUAACUGUUGGGUUUCUUGGCUUCUGCGUUAUAACAGGAAGCAUACAGAGUGCAAUACAGGGCGGGGGGCAAGCUGAAAUUAUUAUGAGUUUCACAACUUUAAAUAAAAUCUUAAGAACUGAA